AAAAAUGGUAGCCAUGCUUAAGUACUGCCAAAGGUGUUGUGUGUGUUUUCUGGCGAUGGCUGCAUAACGGAGAUGUGACGAACGUCGUGCGGGAAUGUGUGAAUUCGAUUUUAAGUUCGUUUUGUUAACUUAAUUUAUUGCCCGUUAUAUAUUGGUGUCACGAUAUCUGAAAUGUUUGUAGUGCUCGGCGUGUUUUUUCUUGACAGACUGAAUUGUGCGUGCCUCCUGUGUCUACACAAGUUGUUAUUCGUUUUACUCUUCGAACAUAGUGUCAAACUGAAUGAGAACGGUUGUGAUAACUUUAGUGAUUACUUUGUAGUAAAGAGUAGAAUAGUGUUCUGUGAUAUGCCGAAGAUUUGUGAUCUUCUGUUUACAACGAAUGUCGCAAUAGUGUUUUCAGCCCAUGAGUCGUGUAGACUCGAAGGCAAAUAAGUGUUUUGUGUUCCCAACGUUAUGACGGCAGUUAGUAUGCUGUCACCCAGUGGUUUUACGUUUUCAUUUACAUCGCCGCUAACAUAAAAUACUGAUCAACGAAAGCGAGGCCUUAGUUACUACUACUAGAAGACCACAUCAACGAAGCAAUAAUGGGUUAGACUAACUAUAUGUACAUAUAUAAACAGAAAUAUAUUUUUGCGUCAUAACCUCUAACGUGCUGUAGCAUGCAGUUUCUGUUUACGUAAUUUCACUUCUUGAAUGGUGAUUGAAUACCACACCCAAGUGUUAUAGAGAAGAAUGAUACAUAAAAUGGCUGAACCUGCCAAGGUGUGCUGUUUACUGAAGUAACGUGGCUGAAAUGGAUGAUGGAUCACAAAAACUGCUGGAUGUAAUUGAUGAUCCAACAGCUCUCGAGUCAUUUUUGGGAAUUGCAGCUGCAGGGGGUGCUUCAGGUGCCAACAGUAACCUCUCUCGGUCAGUUGCUGCGCCAGUCCCCGUGUCGACGCAACAUUUUGUCCUCACUCCAAUUUCACAUUCGCCACACGCACUUCCGGCAAAUAUUUCUGUUAGUUGCCCUACAUCUCAGACUGUUGUCUCCACUUCACAGUCCCAAAGUUUUAUUUGUACACCAGUUAAGAGUUCGAGCAGUUCUUCGGGAAUUGCAGUUGUAGCUUCCAGCAUAGCUUUUGGGCAUUCAGAAGCUGUUAUCAGUUCUUCCAAUAUAUCCUUUAGUGACUCUUCCAACAACUUGUGCCUGGAAACUUCUGGUAUUCAGAUUGGGAGUUCCAGAAUGCCAUCUGGGCCAUCCGGUGCCCCUGUUGGACCUCCAGCACUCGCUCAAGCGGUUUCUGCAAGUUCAAAUGUUUCCGGAUCCUCCAGCAUAGCGACAGUACUUAAUAAUUCGAACAUUCCUGUCGGAUCUAGUGGUGUUUCCAAUAUACUUGUCGGUCCACCCGGUACAGUCUUUACUUCGGCAAAUUUAUCACUCUCACAAAUGACUGUACCUCAAAGCACUACUGCGUCUCCGAGUUCACCGUUCUCCAUUCCUACUAGGUCACCACACGCACCCCCUACUCCAUCUCCGAGCCCACUUCCGAGGAGAUCACCUGCACCUCAGCACCCUCCGUCACCUGCUCCUUCUCCAUAUCAUGUGCAGCUGCAGUCUCCUCAAAACAGUGCUGCCACAGCGACAGCUGGUUUUGUCCUAUCUGCAACUGCCCCGCAGGCAAAUUUGGUGAAAGACAUUAUCACCAGUUUACCUCUACUACAGCCACCAUCCUUGAAGACUGUACAGGGCUCUAACAUUAAUGCCCCACUGACAGCUGGCAACUACAGUGUAGGGAAUUCUGUAAAAGAGGGUUUCAGGAGUGUGCACCAGCAAACUUCAACUGUCGUUUUACCCCAGAGACUGUCUGCGGCUACUGGCAACAGUUUGCAGUCUCCGCAAAAUGCGAGUUCUCCACCGUCUGUCCAAUCAUUUGUCAAUCUCCAGACACCGCAGCCUGUUCUGAUAUCCCAGUCUGCGAGCCUGCAGGCUUGCCCGGGCAGCCAGGUGUUGACCCACGGUGCCAAGAACAGCAGUCCUGUCGGUCCAGCUACUAGUGGCAGUGGGCCUCUUACACCAGCUGGGGCUCUCACUCCAGCACCAUCUCCGUCUCCCCAGCAUCGCACUGUGCACAGCCCUGUUAUUCGAUCAACAACACCAACUCCUGUUAUACAUCAGGCAUUGCCAGCAGGCUUAGCAAUACCUGGUGCACAACAGUUUCCCGCAGUGAUGUCGCAGGGUGGUACAGCUGUUCUGCAGACUACCAAUCAUCAGCUAGUUCAGAUCAUUCAUCAGUCUGCUGCUGUGCAAGGUGCAAGCUUUCCAGCACAUACACAGAUUAUAACAACAGGUGGUGCUGCUGCCCCCGUUCACCUUCACUCGGCAGCGGCGGCUGCUGCAGCCAAUGCAGGUGCAGCUGCUGCCGCUGCCAAAACCAAACAGCCACCACAAAUUUUGCCUAAACCACCAGGAACUUCGAGUCUGACUGCAAGUUCGGGACAUGUAAAAAUUCCAAAUGUAGCAACACCACCUCAUCAAGGUUUACAUACACAGAAUCACAGUACAGCAGGAACUCAAGUCGUCAUUGGUCAAACAAAUCAAGCGGCAAUGAUACCAACUGCACAGGGAGGAACUCUGCUACUUAAUCAGGUUCUAAGGCUUGUAGCAGCACAGGGUACAGUGCAACUGCAGUCAAUUCAGACACCUAGUGGUCCCACACUUAUUGCAGUCCCAUCAGGCUCAGCAUUGAGUUUUCAACCGGUGUCUCAACUUACUUCACCACAGCAACCGCAGACUCAGUCACAGCAAACAUCCAAACUAACAAAUCAACAUGUGUCUAUACAGACAUCAAAUACUAUUCUUCCAGCUGUCUUAAAUAAUAUUCCACAAUCCUUCCAGCAGAAUACAUCAAGAACAAGUCUCCAGAAUAAUGCAGCAGUUACCAACUUGAACCUUAAUGUGCACAAUUUGAGUCUGAAUGUUACAAAUGCAAAUUCUGCAACAUGCUCUCAUAAUAGUGAUAUUUCAGGAGACUCUUUACCAUCCUGCCAGAGUUGUUCUGUCACUCAGCAGACCCCAAAUAGUUCAAAUAUUGUGUCAGAGUCGCCUGUAAAUGUGAACUUGAAUGUGAAUGCAAGUGAAAGUGCUUCAAAGAGGAACUCACCCAGUGGACUUCAUAAUACUCCCGAGGUGGCCAAAGAAAAUAUAGAAACAGUUAAUAUUAGAGAAUCAAAUGGAAACCAAAUGGUGGCUCCAACUCCUCUGCCUCUAAACAGGAAAAAGUCUAAGAAGAAGAAAAAGAAAAAUAAACUGGAUUUAGCCAACAUCAUGAAGUUGUCAGGUAUUGGAGAUGAAGAUGAUAUUGCCAUGUAUGAAGCAGAGGAACAGCCAAUUACACCGUCGGCUGUUGGUCAUGUUCAUUCAGUUGACCAGUUGCAGUCUGAUAGCACUACUCACCCAUCACAAAUGUUGAACAACAUCCCAUCAGCUCCACAGAUUCCUAUGCAGGCAAAUGGCCAGGCAUCACUACGUGUUUCACUAGAGGACUGUCAGGUAGUGUUCCAGCCAACAUCUGAAACACAGCAGAACUCUCCAUCGGGCUCACCACAUCUUGUGUCCACAGGAACAAAUACUGUUAUGGCACAACCUAGCUCUGUUUCAUCCUCAAGCUUGCCCACAUCUCAAGUAAAUCCUGUUCACUUCGUGACUGCGAGCUACAGUUCAAGUACCUCUCAGAACACACAAACAUCACAGUCUGAAAAGUAUCAAUUACCAGCAAAACAGAAUGAUAGUUGUGUGAGUGGUUUGUAUUCUGACCUGUCUCUAAGAAACCAGCAAAGUAGGGACAUCACCUCUGAAGUUGGAGGCAAUAUAGAAGUAGCAGCAAUAACCAGUGCUUCAAAUCCAGUGACGUGUGAUGCAAUACAAAACAAAUCCAGUGGAAAUGAACUUGAGGAUAUUUUUGUAGGAGUCUCGGUAACAGAUCAGUCUGCUAUUAGUGAUAAAUUAGUUAAUUCUCUUCCAAGCAAUAUGAAUGUAAUUGUUGCAGAUGCUGUCAGUACUGUAAUUCCAGCAGUUACUACAUCAACAAAUACUUUAACUACUGUGACUCGAGAAGCAAGUUCGGCACCUAGUUCACAGCCAGUUGGAAAAUCGACACAGGUUUUGUGUACGGCAGUGGCUCCCAGUAAUGUAUCUAGCAGAAAUUCACAAAAUGAAAGUGUCAGCAUUUUAAUUGGUGGGAACCCAGCCAUUCCACCUUCAGGUUUCAUAUCACAUUCUGUCAUACCAGCAUCAAGAAGUUGUCUGCCACUAGAGCCCUCAAAAUGUACAGAUGGAGAAACAUCCAAACAGACACUAUCUGCUACAUGUGAUAAAGCUGUAAGUGCAAAUCCUCCCGGAAUCUUUAGUUCUGUCAGCCACAGUACGAGCACUAGUGUAGAACGUGUUGCAACAGGGAAUGCUGCCACGACACAAACAGAAAAUGUAGAUGUAGUUUCAACUUCAUCAGGAAAUGCAUUAAUAGGCCCACAGGCACAACUUCAAAAUAGCCAACAGUCUACUACAAGAGUUUCAGAUAGACAGUCCACCUUCUUGCCAGUUUCUUCAUCAGCUAGCUCUCAAAACACAUGCAGUGCUCCAAAAACUUAUCCUUCAGUAGAUAAUGCACCAACUAUUUUAGGUCUCCAUGCAUUUCACAGUUUACAAGGUUUAGUCUCAUCUGCAACACCAUUGAUGGCAACUAUUCCACCAAUCACUUCAAAUGCAGCUACAACAAAUUCCAGCUAUGGAGGACCGUUGACAUAUACUGGAGCUGAACCUUUGGUAAUAGCACACCACCAGAGUGGCUUGCCGUCUGUAAUUACAGGACCACAACUGCUACAGUGCCUUCAACAAACACAAGGCCAACAGACAGGUUUAAUUAAUAUGUCACAUUUACAGUUAACACAAAAUGCAAUCAGCAAAGUUAUUGGGAGCUCUACAUCUAGCUUGUCAUUCAAUGCUGGUACGGGAACAAUUUUGAUUGGUGGAAAUCCUGUGGAAAAUUUCACAAAUGCUAGUCAGCCAAAAUCGACAUCUGCCGCUGCAGCAGUUAUAAGCAGUGCAAAAUUUAUUCCUCAACCAUCUGUUCUCCUCCAGCAGUUAAACACUGGCUUACGAAGGUGUUCGAGUGAUUCAAAUUCUUCACUUUCCCUUGGAAGUCCUCCAUCUGUGAUUGGUUUAAUCAGUCAACAGACAGCUUCUCAAACAGAGCAGACUAGUAGUCAGCCUAUAAAAAAGGGCCCAUCACAGGAAUCUAUUGAAACGCAGACUGUCUCAAUAGGAGUGCAAAAUUCUAAUUCAAGCAGUUCCAGUUCAUUGCAAGGAUUUCAGAAUACAGUGCUGGAAAGUACAUCUCAUACGAACAAUAACUUUGUUUUGAAUAAAUUUACAAAAUCGGUGCAGUAUAAUAGUAUUCCUAGUGUGUCGCCUACUAUGAGUGCUGCCAAGAAGAAGAAGAAGAGGUAUGAACGAACACCACCAAAAAAUGUCACGUGUGUGUCAUCAGCAGGAAUUUCAAGCAAUAAUACACUGUCAUCAACAAAUUGUGUGAGGAACACUGCUCAACAUGUGGAAAAUGGGAACCGUGUUCUCCUGUCAGUGGAUUCCAGCAGGUGUGUGGUUCAAGAACGAUCUGCAGUGAAACCGUGUGGUAGUCACCUUCUUGUGCCGGGUCAGAAUUUUCAAAAACUCUCUGCAGAACCUGUUUCAUCUUCAUCUUCACCUUCAUAUGUUGUUUCCUCACCACAGUUCAGUGUUACGUCGAACAUCAGAGCAGCAGUAGUAUCAACAUUGGCGUCCCCCGGCUCGGUGGUGCAGCCAGAAUCGUCACACCAUUCAGCUGCGCUUUGUCAGCAAAGCAAUAUUACUCCUUCCUCCAACAUAAUUCAUAGAAAUUUGCCUCCUGCCAGUGUUAUGUCUAAUGUAAAUAAAAAUAUAUUACAACAGACAAACAUAAUUCCUGCAACAAAUGUAAAUAAAGGUAACAGUCAUUUUACUUCAAGUCAGGAAAUGAGAAAUUCAUCAUCACAUCAAGUUCCGUCCAUUGUACAGACGAGUUUAUCAACGAAUAGUCUGAUGAUAAGCAAUCAGCCUGAAAUUUUACAGGUUUCUUCUAGCUCAGUUACUGUUAUAAGUAAUGGAAUAACAAGCACAUCUGAAAUUGCUCAAAGGAAGCAAGGCGAUAAUCAGCGUGCAGUGGUGCAGGUUAAUAACUCCCAGCAGACAACUAACUCUACUGGUGGACAGAGCCCUGUUAAAUUUGUGACUGUACAAGAUGAACAUCAGCAGGCACCAGCAACACAAAAUGCAAAUCCUACAGCAUGUUCUAUUGGAAACCCACAGCAAACACUGAACAAUCAGUUAUCUCUGAAUAAUAUGAAUCCUAGUGUGCCUCAUCUAGUGCCAAUUCCCUCUAACUCCAUUGCGGUUCAUCCGGGAUCAUCACAUGGUCUUCAGAUACAAGCAGCGGGAACUACAGGGAGUCACGGUCUUUUGCCUGGAAGCAUCAUUCAGAAAGUGCACACCAUUCAACUCACUCCUCAGAAUCAGAAGCAUUUGAAAGCAAUACAGAUGCAGAUCCAGUCUUAUAUAACAAAGAAGACACUUAUUCCAAAUGACCACGUGUUGCAACAAUUAUUUGAGGAGCAGCAGAGAAUUUUAGCAACUGGGAUACUUGUUCCUACUAUUCCUGGGCAACAUGCACAAGGCUUGCAGUUUGUAACCCCACAAAGCACACAGUUACCAGCUGUAAGGUAUCACCAUCAGAUUGGAAAUCAGAUUAUACCUCUCACCCCGUCGACUCCUCCAAAAAAUCCGAGCGGUGUAACUGUUCUUAACUCACUUGCUGCCUCUCCCAAUCUUGGUGUUAGUAACUGUUUUACCACUGAUUUUACAUUCACCGCUAAUGCUUAUGCUGCUGCUGCUGGUUUUGCUGCUGCUGCUGUUGCUGCUGCCAUUAACAUCCCUCCAAACACCAUCUCAUCAGCCACCACUGUUGCUAAUGCUACUAUGAAAUUUACUGCCACCAGUGCAAGUACCACUGGUGGCUCUGCCAUGAUAAGUGUUAAUAUCAGUUCUCCUGCCCUAGUUUCCAUAUGUUCAUGUGACAGUAUUGUUAUGACAGACAGACAGUGCAGAUGUGUUAAUCGUGGUGUUAACAGUACCGUUAAUGGCUUUAAUCAAUCACACAAUUCUGCAAAUACAGCGCUGGAGACAGUGCGCCACACAGCAACACAGCAACCACAGCAGCUUAAUUACUACCAUCCUCAGAAACAACAACAACAGCAGCAGCAGCAACAACAACAACAACAACAACAACACCAGCAGCAGCAGCAACAGCAGCAUCAUCAACAGAAACAGCAGCAACAGCAACAACAUCCUCAAAAACAGCAGCAACAGCAGCAGCAUCUGUUGCUGGUAGAUGUAUCAGCACAAAUCAGUUCUCACAUUACUAGUGGCAAAGUAACAGAUGCAGAGUCAAAGUUGCAUUUGCAGCAGUCAAAUUCAUCCGGCACGUUACAACCCCAGCUGCCUCGUCACAGCCAUCAUCACCAUCACAACCAUCACCACCACCAUCAUUAUCACCACCACCACCAUCACCAUCACCACCAUCCAAACCUCCCUCAUAAUCACCCUGCCAAUCAGCAACCUCAUUUACAACAGCAGCAGCAACAGCAGCAGCUUCAGCAAUCUGUUGUGCCAGUACUGCACGGAACAAAAUCGUCAGCAGUUUCUGAAAAAGGAACGUCACCAAUCCAAGUACAGGUUGGAACACAGACAUGCAUGCCACCAGAAGAAUUUCCUCAAACUUCUGCGCAUAUGAGUAACAGAACAUCUUGUAAUGGAUCACCGAAUGGCCAGCAGUGUACAUCAAACACAUUUCUGCCAUUAAACAACAAUAAAUCUGCGCUUACCUCUAGUAGUAAAAUUCUACCUAAUCACACGUCAGCAGCACUAAAAUCCGUACCAAAUACUGUGUUUACAAAUGGCAGCAAGUCUCAUGCAGUAUCAUGUGCUGGUGGACCAAAGCCCCAAGCGAAUUCCUCUCCUGCGUCUCCACCACGUGGUACUAAACGUUCUGCUACAAGUCCGUUGCGGUCUAUAAGCAGAAGCGACCUCAUUGAACAUCAGCUGAAAACUGAUCAAACUGAAGCUUCAAUGCCUGAUGUGCAGACACCUUUUUCAAGUUCUCGCGAUGCAUGUAAGCGCCUUAUUCGGUAUCACGUGUAUAAUGAAAAGGUCUUGAGCCAGAAAGAUUUGGAGAAAGCUGAUGAAAUAUUUGAAGCAACUGCGAAACAUCUGUUAGAUAAAUUUCGGCAAAUGAUGAAUAAAUACAACUAUUUGCUGUUGAUGGAGAGCAUGCGUGAAGUAAACACAUCAGAAUUGAUAAUGAUUGAUCGGAUGUUUGUGGCAGAGGAACAUAAUAUUCUGGAGAAGCUAAAGGAAGAGGAACAGAGGGCAAAAGAAGAACCAGUGACAGCAGAUGUAACAGCUUUGAAAACUGAGCCUGCAGUUGAUUGCCAGAGCUGCAGGUAUCUGAAUUCCGAUUUAGCUGACAUUAGAGAUGUGCGAGUAGUCAUCCAGGAUGUCAUGAAAAAUGAAUCAAUAAAGAGAGAGUUGGAAGAAGACAAAUUCACUGUCAUAAAGAAGGAAAAGUUGGACUUCGAUAUAGACAGUGAUGAAGCGAUGCCAGUGGAACAGUCUACAUCAGCACUUGUUCCGAAGGUAGAUCAGAAUUAUGAUGAAUGGGAAGAAAUACAAAAGGAGCUAGGAGUAUUUUGUCCCACCUCUCAAUCUUCGUGUACACUUCAGGAGACCUCUGUUGUUGUAAAAUCUGAAGAAAAUGAGAAUGUCGACAGUUGUUGCCGCCACAUUAAAAUGGAAGCUGAUGAUGACGUGUCACACGGAUUAAAAAAUUUAGAUCCGUUGAAUUGUAGGACUCCUGAGUACAACAGGACUCACGAUAGUGUUCAGAACAUUUCUACAGAUGCGUUAAAAUGUGAACCUAACUCUGAAAAUAUGGACACAGUGCAAAAGUCCUGUGAUAGUGCAUCAAAUGGUGAACUCUGUGAUCUCUAUAACCACAAUAUUCCUAAAUCUGUUACUUCAGAUACUGAAAUUCCAGAAGAUCCAAACUGGGAGAAAAAGUUAGGAGUGGUGUCGGGGGGUCUCAAAAGUAGGUGCUCUAGAGAAAGAGUGGCUGGGGAGAGUGAGCCAUUGAAGUAUUUGAGCCAGUGUGUUGUGAACAAUUUAAGUAGUGAUGUUGAAGUGCAAAAGAAAGACAGGCGAGAUAUCUGUGAUACCACUGACAGUACCACAACUUUUGUGCACAAAAGAAAACGCCACAAACAUGAUACUCAUUUUGUCAGUGAACGUAUUAAAGGACUGUCUAAUGUGGUACGUGGAAAUAGGAGUUUUUGUGAAAGUGAACAGGAAAAUGAUGAUGAGGACGAUGAUGAUGACGAUGAUGAUGAUGAUGAUGAUGAAGACGAUGAUGAUGACGACGAUGACGAAGAUGAUGAGGAGGAAGAGGAGGAGGAGGAGGAGGAGGAGGAGGAAGAAAAUGAUGCUUUAAAUGCUCAAGUACAAAGUGCUAUCGAUAGCAUACUGAAUCUGCAACGCUCAGAAGACGGCUACGAAUUACCAUCUGCGAGUGUUGGUGCCGUGAGUGAUGUGAGUGUACUCAACCUGCCGGUAGAUGUAAACUCUGAAGAAAUAGAUCACAAAUAUUCUAGGAAAGUUGCUGAAGAUAAAUUAUUUUCGGAAGAGAGAAGUACAAAGCUUCUUAAGUGUCAAAAAAGGACUACAGGAUCAGUUGUGAAUUCUUGUGUUAAUUCUCCAGUGUCCAUUGAGUAUAGUGGUGAAACAGAUCCUUUCAUAAAUAGGAACUCUACCAUUGUUAUUACUAAUGGUGGUGGUAUCGAAGAAGACAGCAGUGGAAAUGGUGAUGCUGCUUUAGAUGAGGCUGUAAGAAGUAUAUUGACAUCCUGACCUUUGCAAAGCAUGACACAGCCUUUGCUGACCUUUGCAAAUGCACCACUGACUUCCAUUCUCAGCUCAAAUUGGUCAACUUUUUGCUAAGUUGAGUCAUUAUUUUAGAAUAAAUUCAUUAUAAUGUACGUUCUUCUAUAAAAAUGUCAUUUAAGCACAAAUUCUUCACUAUUCUAAAACAUAAAUCAGUAUUUAUUUUAUUAGUGAAAAUUGACCACCUAUGAUCUGUGAGGAAGUCUGUGACAGGCAGUCAGUCAAGCUUCGUUUAACAGCUCUAAAGUGUAAAACCAAUCUUUUGCAUAAAUAUUAUGCUCCAGCAAUGAAAACCUGCAGGUUUUGUUGUUUUUAUUUUAUUGGCAAUUUGUACAUUACUGAACAAUAUUUAAUUUCUGAAAACAUAUUAUGGCUAACGUUUCAAAUAAUGUCGUCAUCUAUGCUGGCCAUAUUUGUGUAGAAAGUAUGGUAUUACACUGUUUACUUAGAUUUGUUUGAUUCAACAGGGAAGUUUGUGUGUUUGAUAGAGAGAGAGAGAGAGAGAGAGAGGUAAACACAUGGGUGAACAUUAAACUGCACACAUUAAUGCUGGAACCCAUGUUUGCGAAUCUGCUCACUGUUUGGCAUUUUGUAGCAUUGUUAUUUCUUAUGUGAAUGGCAGUUAAUAAUAAGUUGGUUUUAAAACUUAAGUAUUACCGGUGUUCUUGCAGUGGGUGAGAAACAUGUUUUAUAUUUGUUUCCAGAAUGUAAUCUAGUCAUUAUCAAUAGUUUCAUGUGGAGUGAUUCCUGAACUUCCAGUAAGACACUGUUACCAUAACUGUUUUGUUGCAGUGCUAGUACAGAUACAAAUGACUGUGUAGGUAGAUGUAGAUGACACUUCUGGAUCAGUUUUUGUCUUCUUUGUUCUUAGGCAGAAUAUUAGUGCUGAGGUUUUAUGAGAUUCAUACAAAAUGUCCAUAUUGCAUGCAAUAGAGAAUAGUUUCUGUAUCUAGAGAAAGUUUGCCUACAGGUUACAGGAACAUCAGAUGGAAUAUAGAGUUGGAAGCUGUGUGUCAUCACAUUCCUUGGUUUUUGCUCUGAGUUUAAGACAAUUAUAAUGAGGAGUACAUACAUGUGCCAUCCAAUAGUCACAUUUUGGACAUACAACAUGAGGGUGGUGCUGCAGUGCAGUACUCUACCCCUCCCCUUCAGCAUACUGUAAUUUGUGGCCUAUAUGUUGUUUUCAAAUAAAGCCACUCAGAUAUUUUCUUUAAGGUGAAUACUCAUACAUUCAUAUCAGUUAUAAAAAAUCAUUUUGUAGCUCUAUCACAGAAAGAAUAAUAUGGUGUCAAAUGAUACACAAGAGAAUUAAGCAGACUGUCCUUAAGGUAAAAAAACUAACUCUAUGCAUAUAUCAGUUAUUUGUCCAUAUUAGUUAAAUCACUGUACAGCAUAGUCAGCCUGUUCUAUCAUGCAAAAGUGGCUAUUCAAAGGACAGAACAUUAUAGCCCAAGCUAAGAAGAACCCAUCUUUUAUUAAGUAAAUUGAACAUGUAUACGUUUUUCUAUGCUUUCAAAGGCAUAGAUUAUUUAUCUCAACUGCAAUCUAAUUAAUAUUGUAAAGUACUGAAUAUUGUUCUUUUUUGUAAUGUAGAGUAGAGAAAAUAAAUAUAUCUUUUAUUUGUCUAGAUCACAAUUUAUAAAGCAUUAGUGGUUUUGAUUGUGCUAGCAGUCAUCAUCGGAUCUUACAUACAGUAUUGAAAUUUGGGCAGUGCACUUCUCUGAUGUGUCGAGUAAGAUGGUGUUUUAAGUUUCUUCUGGUUGACUUAACCCAGAUCCAGAUGAGUUAUGUUCACCACAGGGCUUACUCUCACAACCUUCUGUCACACACAUCUGUUCUCUUGUGAAGUGUUUCUGUCAUAUUGCUCAUAUGCUUCAGGUUAAGGGUUACAUGCUACCUCUACUGUGCCCUGGUUUAUACUGUGUGACAACGUCGAAUUUUGUAUAACCCUAAGUUUAACACCAGUGGAUGUUUAAUUGCUUUAUCAGUUCAUACCACCACACUGUAAAACAUAAUCAUGGUUGUUUACAAUUUACAGUGUGAUGGUGUGCUUUGACAGAGUAAUUAAAUAUCUACCAGUGUUAAAUCAAGCAUUAUGCAAAGAUCAAUAAGAACAUGCAAAGCAUAGCUUUAGCUGUGCCCUUGUUUAUUCUGCGCGACCUCGUUGAUCUUUUAUACUGCUCGAUUUAAUGCUGGUAGAUAUUAAAUUGCUUUCUCAACAUAAACCAGCGCAAUGUAAAAUGUAAGCAACCAUGGUUACGUUUUACGGUGUGAUGUUAUGAUUUUAUAGAAUAAUUAAUCAUCCACUAGUGUUAAGUGUAGGGUUAUGCAAAAAUCAGUGAGGUCACACAGCAAAUGCUGCAUGUAAUCCUGAACCACAAGCACACAAACACUGUGAUAGAAAUACUUCACAUGUUAAAGAGAAAAGAUGUUUGUCUCACAAGAUUGUGAGAGGAAGCCCUAUGGUAAACAUAACUCGUAUGGAUUAAGUGUGUCAGACAAAACAGAGAGCUAGACUUUGGUUUGUGGAGACUGACAAAAAAUUUUCAUUAAAAUUUGAUCUUACUCAAUACAUCAGAGAUGUACACUGCCCAAAUCUCAACCUUGUAUCUAAUAUGAUUACUAUCACAACCAGGACCAGUAAUAUCAUUUUAUAAACUUGUGAUCUAGACAAAUAAAAGUUAUAUAAAAAAUUAAAGUACGUGUUCCACAUUCUUGAUCAUGUCAAACAUAGUUAGAGUAGUGAAAACAUUCAAAUGAACUUAUAAUAGUGGUUCCUUUCUCCUAACUAAGUGGCUAUGCAACUGAUGGCGAAUUCUUUGGAUCAUUGCUGUGAUGAUAGUUGCUUAUCUUUAAGAUAUUUAAUGAUUAUUUUUGAAGAUGAUUCCCUCAAAUCGAAAACAAAUUAUUACAGUUCCUUUGGUGAAGACUCUGGACAUGUACUCAGGAGAAGUGAAGCUUAAAUCCCUUUCUGUUCAUCCUCAUUGAGGUUUUGUAUUUUUUACGUUAAAUCACUUCAAACAAAUGUCAAGGUAGUUUUUUAAAUGCGACUGUGAUGAAUUUCUUUCCACUUGCCCAAUAUGAUCUAUUUCUCUACUUCUAAAGGCCUAGAUGUCAAUGGAACAUGAAAUUUGAACAUUCCUUUUGUAUAUCAAAACCAUCAGACAUGUUCUGUUACAUUAUAUUCAUUAUGGGCAAGGGAAAAGUUUCAAAAAUAUUACUUCUGUCUCCACUGGGUGUUUCCUUAGUAACUGAAAUUUUUUUGACAGUUAUUGCAGCAUUGUUUAAAUAUAUUAUGGAGAAAGGUUUCAAGUUCAUCCUUAAAACAUGUUGCACUUUGAAGGUAUCAAGAUGGCUUGCAUUGUGUUAUUUAACUAUGGCAGUCAAACAUUUAGACCCAAACCUUUGUCCAUACUCAUUAAAUAUUUGUCUCCUUUAUUGCAUUAAAACUAAACAUACAGCGUUUUGCCAUAGUUUCAUAGGGAUGACUAGUACCUGUACUCAUAUGUCAAAAAUGUAUUUUAUUUUAUCUUCACUAACUUACUUAAAUCCAGAGACAGCUGGUGAAUUUUUGCUUUCACCGUUUCAUGUCCAGAGUGUAUAGUCACACUAAUUGUUAAAAACAUCUAUAGUGACAUAAUUUUAAAUGAGGGAAAGUGUACAAGAGAUGAAUUUAUCCAGUUUUAAAUUAAUAGCAUUGUUUGGCUUAGAACCUGUUGGUUUUGCCUUUGUGUGCUUAUGAUAUACUGUGUCACUCAUGGGGAACAAAUUUGAUGUCCUAACUCAUUUUUAGAUAUUCCUCUGUAGUUGUAUUUGUAGCACUGCAACAUUCAGUUCACGUAAAUGUAAAACUUCAUCAGUGUAACAGGCUUGACAGCAUCUUCUUCUCAGUAUUCAGCAGUCUUUUGCAGGAAUGUAGAUACUAUUAGUACACCACAUUCACUCUUUAAGAAAGUGGAGUAAUCCAAAUGCCAAUCACAAUUUAUGCCGUUCACAUUUUUUUAGUCUGUUUAUUUACUGUGGUUGCCGAUUUUAUAGAUCUCCCCCCCCCCCCCCCCCCCUCCUUCCCCAGUAAAUUUAGCUACUUAUGUUCUCCUCUCUUUGUAAUUAUUCUUGGAAUACUUUCUUAUUUUAUUUCUUAAAUAAAAGAAAAUGCUGCAAAAUGUCUGGAAUCUUUUAAGUACAAAAGUAUAUGAGGCAUUGGCAGAGGAGCCAGAAUGAUUUAUAUGUAACACUUACUGCUCCUGAAAUUAUGUUCUCUGGUUCUGAACAGGAGCUAAUAUUUAUUAUAUAAUAAUGUGAUGCAAAAGUGUUGUGAUUUUUGCUGUGUAAUAUUGUUACUUAAGUUUAUGUAUUAAAUUCUUUCUUUGCUUUCAAGAAAAUGUAUUUUCUGAUUACACAUAUUGAAAUCAGUAGUAGCCAGUUAAGUGAUUGAUAUUCAGGAUUACCAGACCACCGAUGUAAAAUCUGAGGUAAAUGUUUGGAGACUGAUGACACUGUUUUUACCUUGUACAUUUGUUUGUAUAUCAUGUAGAGAACUGCUACUACAUGUGUUUAAGUACCCAGUGUUACAUACUGCACAAGAAGUAAUCCAUGAGGUAAUAUAAUAUGUGGUCAUUUUUACAUUAUUUGUUGUAUGUAGUUAAUGAUUUUUCAAUGAGAGGCACACUUAAUUUUCUGUGGUAAGGAGAAGGUUGCACCAUUUUUAAUGCACUGUUGUGUUGUUUCAUAGUGAAAUGAUUAUGUCUCUAUUAUAAACUUUGUGAUCACAAAUAUUUAAGACAGGUUAUUGUGUAGUAUUUUGACUAAUUAUUUGCUGCUCAUAAUUCUGCGGUAGUUCAGUUUGUCAGUAUGAUGGGAGAUGAGCCUGUUUAUAUGUAGAACACUUUUCCCUUCCUGGGUAGUAAGUAGUGGAGGGCAUUGGCCUUUCAUUAUGUAGUAAAAGUGUUGUGUUUCUCCAAAUAGUUUGUUUAAUAUGUGCUGUAGUGCAGAAAUAUUUAUCAUAAAUAAUAAAUUUCUCUGAGUGUUCUCACUUUGCAAACUUUUUCAGUUUUUAGUUGAAAUUCAUUGUUGGUAAUGCCAUCAUAUUUGUAAGUGCUUUAACACACUUAUUGUGGUAGUAGAGACCACUUCACAUAACUAACUUGAUUAACAGGCUGUAUAGCUAGAAUGAAAAUGGUGCAUCCUCCUAACCAAACCUCUGUUGAUUCUAAAAUUAUUUGUCCCUGCAACAUUUAAUUUUGUUUGUGGCUGCAUAUAAAGCAGAUAACGGGACACAAAUGCACUGCUUAAAUAGGCGAGUGUGAUUUAGAAAUUAGUACUGUAUAAUGCACAGCCAUCCCACUUCUAGAAGUUUAAGACUUUUAAUUGAUCAUUAGUCAUCAGCCUUCUUUCAAUUACUUCAGUGUAAGUGAGUCCCCUUUCUGUUGGCAGAAGACUGAGAUCACUUGCAUGAGAUAUCAUUUUGCAAGCUCACUCAAGUGCUUAGAGAAAUUGGCUGUACAAUGAAAUAUAUUUUUUUCUGGUUCACACUUAAUAAUCUGAUAUAAUUGUAUGAAUGUUGUUGUACACUGCAGCAAUUCCAUGUGUGCAUAAAUGUAAUUGAUAUAAUUAUUGGUUCCUAUGAAAAUUCUGUAAAUAUAAGAUUUGUGGAACAUGCCUCGCCAAAUUUGAAGCCUAGAUAAUGUACGGUGUUUUGUAUUUCGGGUAACUGCAAGUCCAAGCUAAAUGUGUUUAUCCACAUUGUACAUUGGGAACAGUGUAGAAACUGUGUUUUAAUUUAUGGAACUGGGCAUUUGUAGAUAGUAUUUAUUUAUUACCUGCCAGUCAUUUUUCAGAGUGAUAAAACUAUUUUACUCAGACUGUAAUAUUUGUAUGUAUAAUUGUGUGCAUAUGUAUAUACUUAUAUAUAUAUGUAUAUAUAUAUAUACAUAUAUAUAUAUAUAUAAAUAAAAGUUUAGAUUUUGGAGUGCCCAGAUGCAAAUAAUUGUGUGUUAAUAUUUUAAAUGUGUUUCUUAUACAUUUUUUCAAUUAAAUUAGUAAUUACAAGAACUGAUAACAGUGUUGGGGUCAUACAUUUGAUCUCUGUUUAUUGCUUGGAAAUUGUAUUAUUUAAUGUACAAAGUGAGAACAUUUUAAUCCAUGCAAAAUAUUUAUGAAAAUAAAUAGAGAUAUCAAUGUUGUAGGAAUAUUUUUACAAAAACUUGAAAAAUGUUCAUUUAUUUUUACUUUCAAUAAAAC